GGGAGGGUGCGGGUGCGGAGGGGUGCCAUGGUGUCUGACUCCGUCGCCUUUGCCCUUAGCACCGUGACCUCGGCGGUGUUCACCGUGGGCGACAACGUGGUGUCGGGCAGCGACGACCGCACGGUGAAGGUCUGGGACCUGAAGAACAUGCGGUCCCCCAUCGCCACCAUCCGCACGGACUCCGCCAUCAACAGGAUCAACGUCUGCGUCGGCCAGAAAAUCAUCGCCCUCCCCCACGACAACCGGCAGGUGCGGCUGUUCGACAUGUCCGGCGUGCGGCUGGCACGGCUCCCGCGGAGCAGUCGGCAGGUGAGGGGGCCUCGGGGCGCCGGCGGAGCGAGUGGGGCCUGGAGCUUCAUCUCGCAGCCUCGCCGUCUGAGGGAAAUGUGGUGCACGCCACAGAAGUAAUUUUAAGCCUUCUAAGAACCACGUCAAAAAGGAGAG